CGGAGAGUGAGAAACUUCCCUCACUCUUCCUCCCGUGUGCUCUUCUUUCUCCCAAAUCUCUCCCCCCACCCCCGGAACCUUUUUAGUCACUCAGCUUCUCCCAGGAGCACCCGCAGCCACCGGUGUGUCUGUAAACAGGCUGCUGGUACACGGUUUUAUUUCAUUUUUUGGCUCUUCUUUGUGGUGGAUCUGAAAUUCCUGGAGUGGCUUCCUGCCUGUCCGGCUCGUGCAGGAGGGAUUUGGGCUAAAAGGCUAUAACCAAGUUUCCCUACAUUCUGCCUGAGGAAUGAGAGGAACUGCCCCAGGGAGGAAGAGCCCAAACUCGCAUGUUUGAAUGAACAAAAGAACGGAAAGCGAGGGCACUGCCGCCGAAAUGGAGGAAAAUACUCUACCGCGCGCAACAUCUCCUCACUCAGAUCUGAGCAAAAACCCGACAAGGCCUGAUCCUGAAGGGGAGAGCAGCCCCCCGAAGACAGAACUCAUCCAGAGAAUGGAGUCCCCGGCUAAGAAGGACACAGAACGGAGACUUAUGACUCCCACGAAACCGGAUGUCAUUUCCCAAUCACCUGGUUCACCGGCAUCACCCAGCCCCAGGUCAAAAAAAGACAUCAUGAAGUCAGACGAGAGGCAGAAGCUUGCCAAGGAGCGAAGGGAGGAGAAGGCCAAAUAUUUGGAAGAGCUCAGCAAGUUACAAGCUGCAAAAAAGAACCAGUGGCUGGAGAAGGAGGAAAAGGCUCGACAGCUGAGGGAGCAGCAGCUGGAGGAGCGGCGCCGGAAACUGGAGGAGCAGCGGAUCAAGGCAGAAAAACGCAGAGCUGCCCUGGAAGAGAGACAAAAGCAGAAGCUGGAAAAGAACAAAGAACGCUAUGAGGCAGCAAUCAACAGGUCAGGCAAGAAGACAUGGGCGGAAAUCCGACAGCAGAGGUGGUCCUGGGCCGGGGCCCUCAACCAAAACUCCAGCCAGAAAGAAAGCAGAUGCUCAGUAUCAACGGUCAACCUGCCCAAACAUGUGGACUCAGUUAUAAACAAGCGACUCUCCAAGUCUUCUGCCACGCUCUGGAACUCCCCCAGCAGAACUCGUAACCUUGCACUAAGUCCAUGGGAGAGCAGUAUAGUCGACCGGCUAAUGACCCCGACGCUGUCUUUCCUUGCACGGAGCCGCAGUGCCGCCAGUGUCCUCAACAAUGGCAAAGAUGGUCACUCUCCUCUCUGUCCCCGUUCAGCCUCUGCCAGUCCCCUGACCCUCUGCUCCCAUCAGCCUCAUCACCGCUGCUCCGACCGCUGGAGGGUGACCUCCAGCACUCCAGACAUCACCCAGCGCCACCAAAGACGCAGCUCCACACCCAUGGAUAAAAAUAGGAAAGAAAAGAAAGACAAGGAACGAGAGAAUGAGAAGGAGAAGAGUGCUCUCACUAAAGAGAAGGUGUUGAAGAAGAGACAGUCUCUACCCAGUAUGAGACACAGACCAGACCCAAGCCCCAGUCCUUUAUCGAGACAACGGCCGUCAUCUCCAGCUACGCCUAAAGGCAGAACUGCCUCCCCUAGCCCCGCUGCCUCCCCCAAGCCUCCAUCAACACGUGGGAGCCCGUCAACCCCUAAGGCCCGGCCGAAAAGAGCCAGGACCCCUGCCAGGGUAGACCACCGCACGUCCUCCCCUGUCCCCCUGGAGAGAGUCAGGGAGCCUCGUAGACCUGCCACCCCUGAGGAGAGAAAGAGUUCGCCUGUCGUUCCUGCUGCCACAGUAUCCUCAGCCGGUGCUACACCCCACACUUCCAGUACACCAGUCUCAACCACUGCCACUUCCUCCUCACCUGAGCAGGUUCAGUCAGCUCCUUCUGCCGCAGCACCAUCUCCAUCUGCCAAACCGAUGGCCGGCACCAAUGACCCAGAAGAGGCGGCGCGCAUCCUGGCCGAGAAGCGCCGGCAGGCCCGGGAACAGAGGGAGAGGGAGGAGCAGGAACGCAGAGAACAAGAGGAGAAGGAAAGGAUCCUGAGAGAGGAGCGAAUAGCGAGGGAGGCAGAGGAGAGGCGGCGUCGGGAGGAGGAGGCCCGAGCCAUGGCCGAGGAGCAGAGGAGGAGAGACGAAGCCCAGCGCCUGCAGGAGGAGAAGGAGGCCCAGGAGAGACUCAAAGCUGAGCAGGAGGAGAACCUACGGCUGCAGAAACAGAAAGAGGAAGCUGAGGCUAAGGCCCGAGAGGAGGCAGAGAAGCAGCGUUUGGAGAGGGAGAAACACUUCCAGAAGGAGGAGCAGGAGAGGCUGGAGAGGAAAAAGCGUCUGGAGGAGAUCAUGAAGAGGACGCGUAAGACUGAUGCGGGCGACAAGAAAGAAACAAAGCCAUGUCCUCCUGCCCAAGUCAACGACAAAGAGGCAGAGAGCAGCAAAGCAUCUGCUGACUAUCAGUUGAGGCCAGAGGUCAACAUGUCCAAUCACAAGGCGGAGAACGGACAGACCAAUGUGACAGAAAGCCCCUCAGUCCAAGUAGUAAACGGGGUCCAGCCUAUGAGACAUGAAAAUGGUCUGUCAACUAAAGCAGACACUGCCAACUUUGAAGAUAUCAUCCAUCUGACCAACCACGGAAACACUACCAACGGAGGGCUCGACAAGUCUGAGAACGGCGUGGCCACGAAGCCAAUCCUGAGCUUUGAAAGCGAGGAGUCGUUCCUGAAAAAGGCAGGCCCGAUAAAGCCGCAGCAUGUUGCAGAGGUCCUGUGACAUACUCCGGUGUCGAAGUGCUCGUCGCCGUAGGCCGCUCACUGACCUUUCCCCGCCAACGCUCCUGUGGGAAGCCCUCUGUGACCUGUGCCAAUCAACACCCUUACUGUAUUCUAGGCCCCCGAAACGCAAACGGACUCGUGUGUGAAGAGAAAGGGGACCGGAGGAGGCGAUGAAAGCGUCAGGACACGAGAUGGGACGAAGAGGCGCGGCUGCAUGCGGUGCAGGUGCAUCAGCGUUAACAUUGUCUCUGUGGCACCGACUCCAUGCACCCUGCUACGAUAACAGCAUCAUCCUGUGUAAACUACUACAGUCCAGCUGAGGAAGUCUCACUAUAAGCUGAAAAACAAGUCUGUUUUCUUUGUUCUUACAUUUAGUUAUUUAACUUUAAGACAAAUACGAUCGACUGGGAACAUUUUGUGAAUAAUGUAAAUGAAAUCUGUGUGAUGAAAAGGAGGGAAGUGUCUGUGGAAUCAUGUUUUCUGUUCCUCUACUCUGAGUAGAUGCUCUGAUUGAAGCCAGGUUUCAUACAUCCUGGUAUGUAUAAAGCUUCCUGUAACCAUUUUGUAAAGGUAAAAGGACAAAUCUGGAAAGAGAUUGGAAAUGUAACUAAACUGCAAUGGCUUCUUACUGUAUCUCUGCAUAUUGUCAGCUCAAACCUCCUCAGUUAUUAUUGAUUGGAUGCAGAAGUGGAUCUCCUACCCACUGUGGAACAUUGACUAUAAACAUCCAGAAGUCAUGAAAACAGAGCCUCAUAAACGAUGGUUCUACUCCACUAUUUAACAGUUAAGAUCCCAUGCUAAGCAUGACUCUCAUUUGCAUUGAGAUUCCAUGGACUAGUGUCUGAAAAGCUGGUGCGUGUAUAUGCUAUAAAUAUAUUUUGAUGUGCGUUGCAACGGUCAGUGGGAGUAUCAUAAGUCUUAUUAAAGACAAACUGUCCAGUC